AUGGCGUUUUCUACCGGAGCGGCCGUCAUCGGUGUGGGUGCGGCGGCAGCAUACAUUGAUGCAAAGUACCACAUUUCAAAAGACAUUGGAACGAUUCGAGAGGAGAGACGAGCUCGUCGAUUACCGGACCUCCGUGCCAAGCAAAAGAAGGUCUCGUUGUGGUAUUCUUUCGAAGAGCAAGCAAAGUUACGCAAGGAUGAGCCAUGUCUGUGGUACCGGGCCCAUCCAACUGACACUGCUUCGCAACACACAUACACGGAAACGCUCGACAUCUCGAACAAAUAUGCCCGGUUCUUAUUGGACAAUGGCGUACGGCCUGGAGAACUCGUUGGAACAUGUCUGCUCAAUUCUCCAGAAUUCAUGUUCAACUUGAUCGGCUGCUGGGCAAUUGGAUGUGCUCCAGCAUUGAUCAACACUAAUCUGGCUGGUGCUGCAUUGUUGCACUGCCUGAAAGUCGCAAAAUGCAAGAUCUUCAUCGUCGACGAAGAUGCGGACUGCCAACAACGUGUUGAAGAGGUCAGAAGCGAGAUCGAGGAGCUCGGCAUGAGAAUCAUCAUAUUGGAUGCAGAGACCAAGGCCACGAUCUCAAGCAUGGAGGCCUCACGACCAGAAGAUCUCUACCGGAGCAAGGUCACUCCCACAUUUCCAAUCUUCUUAAUCUACACGAGCGGCACUACAGGGAUGCCAAAGGCAUGUGCAUUUCCAACCGCGGCCGGCUAUCCACAAGGCCUAUCGCAGCAACGAACCACUGGACUCAGACCCGGGGACGUUUGGUAUGAUCCCAUGCCACUGUACCACGCCACAGGAUGUGUCAUCGCCRUAGCUUGCAUAACGAGCGGUCUGAAGCUUGCUAUUGGCAAAAAGUUCAGCGUGAGCAACUUCUGGAAAGACGUUCAUGACUCGGGUGCCAAUGCGCUUGUGUAUGUUGGGGAGACUGCAAGGUACCUGCUGGCAGCUCCACCGUCACCGCUUGAUAAGGAUCAUAAGCUCAAAGCCAUGUAUGGGAACGGCAUGAGACCUGACGUCUUCAGCAAGUUCAUGGAGCGUUUCAACAUACCAGUCGUAAACGAGUUCUUCAACUCUUCCGAGGGUAUGCUAUCGCUGCUCAAUGUCUGUCGCGGACCCUUCCACAUCGGCCACGUAGGUCACCAUGGUGCACUUCAGCGGUGGCGAUACAGAAACCAUUACGUUCCAGUUCAAAUCGACCACGAAUCAGACUCMGGAGACAAGAUCUGGCGAGAUCCCAAGACUGGCUUCGCUCGUCGAAACAAAUACGAAGAUGGAGGCGAAAUCAUCGUUGCGUGUCAAUCUGAGGAUGCCUGGGGAGGAUACUGGAACAACCCCGACGCCACAGCAAAGAAGUUCGAGCGCGAUGUCUUCAAAAAGGGCGAUUUGUACUACCGCACGGGCGAUUCUCUAAGAAGAGACCACGAUGGGCGAUGGUUCUUCAUGGAUCGGCUAGGUGACACCUUCCGAUGGAAGAGCGAGAAUGUUUCCACAGCCGAAGUGGCUGAAGUACUCGGAAGAUUCUCCGGCCUCGUGGAGGCGAAUGUCUAUGGAGUGGAACUCCCCGGCCACGAUGGUCGAGCGGGCUGUGCAGCCAUCUACAUUCGACCGAAUGAGCGCGCAUCAUUCGACUACGCUGGGCUGACGAAACAUGCCAGAAAGGGAUUGCCACGCUAUGCUGUUCCACUCUUUCUGAGGGUGGUGGAGAAUAGCACGCCGUCGCAUAAUAAUAAGCAAAACAAAGUUGRGCUCAGAGGGGAAGGUGUGGAUCCUAAGAAGAUCGCUGAGGGUAAGGCUGGCAAGAAUGAUACUAUCUUGUGGCUGGCUCCGGGAGCCGACUCGUAYCAGCCGUUCUUGGAGAAGGAUUGGAAUGGCAUUGUUGGUGGAAAGGUGCGGCUGUGA